AUGCUUGGCUGCCAUGAGAACCAGGCAUGUGCCAGAAGCCUGAUACAGUCCACGAGUAAUUUUCCAUACUAGUCAAGCCGGAAUACACGUUUGCUUCAAUGUCCAGCAGCAGAGGACUGAAGCAACUGUUGGCAGAUUUCUCAGCCUUUUGCUUUGCUCAUUUUCUUUUCUAUACAUUGCACCUUUUUGUACAGUACGAAUUUACAUUUCAAUGACUAUACCUCGUCGAGACAGUAACAGCAGCGAGAGCCAGGGCUCUGGGUCGUCGACUCAUUCUAGGCGGCACUCGGUGCUUACCAGGAUUCUGGGACGCAUCAUAUCCAAGAAUGGGCGGCCAAAGAAGCAGCAGCAACAACAUCAGCAGCGCAAACACAGUGGUCACAAUAACUCUGUCAUAAUGCAAUCCACAGCAGCCGAUUCAGAGCCGGCAAAGUCAGAAGUCUCUAUCAGGCUUGAGCCAGCAGUUGAGGUAGUCCAGCGAGUCAAAGCAGCAACAGUGAUACAGCGUGCAUGGAGGUACAGGCAUUUACAGGAGCCACUGAAUGCAUGGCGGCAAGCCAAGGUUUCGGUAGCGCGUAUCAAGAAGAUGCAGUUUGAGGAUGCUGCCCGGCUAAUGCGCAGUCUGGCAACCACCCGUGGCUCGAGUAUAUUGCUGAAUGCAUUGUUGAAGCACACUCCAGCGGCAGAAAGCGCUGAGUGCAAGUUUCCGGGGCGCAUAUUUGUGGCCGGGUACUUGUUUGCUGCACACCCUCAAGGGUUGAUCACGGGCAGUUCCCACAUGGAUUCAGUGAUUGAGUCAUCGGCAGCAACGAUGGUGCGCAUGUACAGGCAGUUUGAGGUCUCAUUCGUCAAGCGCGAAGCAGCAUGGUUUGACAAGCAGCAAGCCGCUCAGGACACACAAGAGCUCCUGGCAACCAUGGAACAGCACUACCUGGAGCUCGACCGUCUGUGGCAGUCGGUACAGCGGCGCACCAAUGGCGCUGGUGAUGAGGGCUGGCGGCAGGGAAUCAAGGAGCAGCGCGACAAUUUGGUAGACAAGAUCCGCAUGCUUGGGGGCAGCCAUGCAGUGGAAAGGUUGAUGCAACGGCAAGAUGAGCUCCGGCUGACAUAUGCCGACCCGCAGCCCUCACAAACGCCCUCCAUCAUGAGUGACGUUAUCAACGGCAGCCGCGAUGCCAGCGGGGCAGGCAUGAUUGGGCAGGCAGCGAGUGCUGCUACACAUCAGUUGCAUCAGAAACCUACGAACACGAAUGCAUGUGAAUUGGAGCCAGAAUUUCCAGCGCUGAGUGGCGUUUCUGUAUCGCACCACCAUCCCUCAGCAACGCUGACCAGAGCCGAUGUCGACCGGGUGUUAGGACACUUUGACCUAUCGGCAUCUGCAGCAUUGCAGGAUGCGAGACUCGCGCAUGAAUUGGUUUUAAACCCCGAGAUGCGCCUGGAACCUGCAGGCUCUAAUACUCUGGCUGGCGCCGUGCAGCGGGCAAUUAUAAAGGCGUUCUUUGACAGGAUUGCGCAGGAGAUUGAGGCGGGCAAAAGCGGCCAUGUCCUCCAGAUUCUGAUGCAACUGCAGCGCGACCUCCGGACUAUUGUUCCGCCUCAUGGCCAGUUGCGUGAAUCCCUUGACCGUGAACUCAACACCGAGUGGAUGGGUGAGCAGCUUAGAGCUGGUGCACUGGAUGUGCGCGCCAAAGUUCAGUUCGCGCUGCACCUGAUGCGCCAAGUUUGCGCGCCAGUACGUGACAGCGCCAUUGCUGCGCUGGCCACGGCAUUGGACAGUCUGGACCUGCAAGAUCUCUCUACUCACAUUACACGGCAGAUACUUGAGCUGAUCCGCGACAUCCGCUUGGAUUCGCUGAAUUAUCAGCUACAGACAGUUGUGCGACCCUGGCUGAUGCGCCAUGCAGUCGAGUAUGAGCGCGCCAAGAUCUCGCAGAUCCUUGGCAGCCAGCAAGCUGAGGAGGCAGCAGGACUAGUUAGCGACUGGAUGAGGGCGGCAAAGGAGCGUGAGGGGUCCGGGGAUUGCACAGCCGAUCGACCCAAGCAAACAGCGCACCACAUAUUCCAUGAAUCCAUACUCGACCUGUGCUUUGCGCCAACGCUGGCUGAUGACAAGGAAUUACCGCUCACGCUGCAAAUGGAUACUGGUCGGAUCCGCGCCUUCCAGAACGAGAUCCAGGUCGUACUCGCUGCAACAGCGCUGGGAAUUCUCUAUGGCAGCCUUGCACGCCAAGUGCCCAAUGCCUCGGCGCGGUUGCCAGAAUUGACCAAGCAGUGGCUGGGGAUGUUGCGCUCGGCCGAUAUUUCGAUUGCAGAGAUUGCCAAUGCAGUGCACGACGCUUUGCCGGCCAGCAACAGCGAGUCGGUCAAGCGACUGGUACACAAGACACUCGAGGUGAAUGACCCUGUUUACAAGCUGAUGCAGCAGAGAUUGCGCAGGCGGAUAAACAGCAGUCGGGACGAGGUUGUUGGUGAGCUGGCACGGAUUGGUCUGAAGCAAGUACACAACGACGCCGUCAAGCUGCUGCUGCAAAUCAACGCACUGUGCUGGUUCAACUGGCAAGUGUGUUCCCCAUGGUACACAAGGUCUGUUUAGAUUUGCGAGGUACAUACACGCUUUUAUUUGAAUUUUGAGGUCGGCUGAUGAUGGUACAGAUUGGUUACGAAGGUAGAAAAAAAAAAGAAGUGAGAAAGGCAGGGAUAAGCAGGAGAUAGGGGAGAGAAUGUGAUGAGGGGGUUGCAGAGCAAUUUGAACAAGCAUGGGCGGCAGAGAUGACUGGCCACGUCCUAAUGACAUCGCCAUAGCCAACGCACGCGUAUGCGAAGACAUGCGCCUUGAUGAUUCCAAUGCACUUUACAGGAGUUUUGUUAGUGAGCAGGGUGGUGUUGAGCUUUGCCUGCUGCGAACGGGAUCCAGCCCAGCUUCACAAACCACUCAAACACCUUGCUCGUUUUGUUGACAUCGACGCGGCAGAGCUUCUGGGCAUCGCGCUUCUUGAAUGUACCCUCAGGCAGCGUACGCCCAGCCCGCACUAGCGAUUGCUUGAUGGUAAGGUACUGUUCGGGCAGCAGUCGCAAGAUAGAGCAGCAG